UUUCCUUCCAGCUCACUUCAUUCACAGCUGGUUUCAGAGCGACAGAAGAGAUGAGUGGACGAGUCGGAGACUUGAGCCCCAAACAGGCUGAAAUAUUAACCGAGUUUCGGGGGAAGAUCCAGGACGUCCUCCCCGACCUGCCUGCUCAGCAUGACCACUACCUCCUCCGCUGGCUCAGAGCUCGUAGCUUCAAUGUGCAGAAAGCUGAAGCCAUGAUCAGAAAGCAUCUGGAGUUCAGGAGGAAGAUGAACGUAGACUCCAUCAUAUCUGACUGGAAACCUCCGGAGGUGAUCGAGGAGUUCGUGUCUGGAGGGAUGUGUGGGUACGACAUGGAGGGGAGUCCUAUCUGGUAUGAUGUCAUCGGUCCUCUGGACCCUAAAGGUCUGUUGCUAUCGGCGACCAAACAGGACUUCAUGAAGACGAAGAUCAGACACACAGAGAUGCUGCAGAGGGAGUGUAGGAGGCAGUCUGAGAAACUGGAUCAGAACAUCGAGGCCAUCUCUCUGAUCUACGACUGUGAAGGCCUCGGACUGAAACACAUCUGGAAACCUGCCAUAGAGACUUAUGGAGAGAUCCUCACCAUGUUUGAAGAGAACUAUCCAGAGGGGCUGAAAAGAGUUUUUUUGAUCAAAGCUCCCAAAAUGUUUCCGAUGGCCUACAACCUCAUCAAACACUUCCUGUGUGAGGAGACGCGGCGAAAGAUCAUCGUCUUAGGAAGUAACUGGCAGGAGGUGCUGCGUCAAUACAUCGACCCUGAUCAGCUUCCUGUUGUUUACGGAGGAACCCUGACGGACCCUGAUGGAGACCCUCGCUGUAGAACCAUGAUAAAGUACGGCGGUACGGUUCCCCGGUCGUACUACGUCCAGGCCUCAGUGAAGGUUCAGUACGACAGCAGUGUGACCGUCGGACGAGGAUCCGUCUUCCAGCUGGAGUCUGAAGUUAAAACCGCCGGCAGCAUUCUGAGGUGUCAGUUCGCCAGCGACGGAGCAGACAUCGGGUUCGGCGUCUACAGACGGACUAAAGACGGCGGCGGUCAGAAUGUGUCCGAGAUGCUGCAGGUUCUGCCCAGCGAACGCUACAACGCUCACCUGGUGCCUGAAGACAGCUGCCUCACCUGCUCCGAACCCGGCGUCUACGUGCUGUGUUUUGACAACAGCUACAGCAUCCUGCAGUCCAAGAGGGUGAGCUACAAAGUGGAGGUUCUUCCUCCGUCGGACGGACAGACGCAGAGUCCACGCAGCCGAGGAGACCAGAGGCUGCAGUGACCCAGAGCAGACCAUCAACACGGGGCAGAGUUCACUGAGUGUCAACAGCCAUUGACGCAAAAUCAAUACUUUUACAACAGGGCUGCAUCAACCCUCUUUGGGGUCCCGGGGCAAAAAAAUGGAUUGUGGACACCCCUCAUUUCUCCCACUCUGAGUAUUGUGUAUGUAUCAGUUUGUGCGUCUUAAUUAGCUGGUAAUAACUUAAUUAAAGAGUGUUGUUUUAAGCAGCAUUUAGCAGCUAAAAAGACACAUAUUUCCCUCACAUUUCCCAUAGAUUGUUAUUGCAACAAUAUCUUUUAUAGGCGCUUUAAAAUGCAAAUUAGAAGCAGGCGAAAUCAGCUGUAGGAAAUCCGGUUUCUAGGCUCCUCGACCCCAGUUAAGGACACCAUCAUAAAACCCACUGAGUGAUGUCAUGGUGGACUCCAAGGUGCGGGAGUACACCGUGACAUCACCGCAGUAAGGCGAGACGUUAAACAGCAGCAACACGAUUCUCUGCAGGUGUUAAGUUGCUCUUUAAUGUGGCAACUUCUCCCUCCUAGUGUUUCCAGGUUGUUGUUCCCGCUGUCGCAGAGAAAAUGUAUCGCCUUCCGUUUCCAUCAAAGAGUACUUUAGUUUAUAUUGUGCUGUUAUUGAUUCCUUCAGUAAAACCAAACAGUUUUGAGUUAACUGUUUAUUUACAAUCAGUUUCACACAUUUCUGUCCCGAGUUCCCUUUUUUCAAAACCUUCACACACAUCUCAGGAUCAACUCUCGUACCAGAACAAGUCUAUAAUAUUCUACAAAGCAUUCUCACUCAAAACAAAAUUACCUUAAAGAUCAAACUACAGUAAUUCUUUUACAAAGGUUCAUGUUUUUUUUAGGUGUAAAUGCAACAGAACGUUGCACCCUGCUGUUUAAUUUACAGCAGUUUUGUGUUUUAAACAUAACUGAAUAUCAGUUUUUAAAAUAUCACAUAAACAUGUAAAAUGUACUAUAAAUGCACAGAGGUUUGGUGAUGGUUAUAAGACAAACAUUGACUGCUGUUUGAAAAAGUGAACUUAGUUUUGAGAAACUAAUUAUAAAAACAGCAAUAAAGAUUUACUGACAAUUCAGAACAACAACGACGAUCAUAAAUAUUAACUUUAGAACUUUGUUCACCAUCAUUUCAAACUUUAACUGCAUGAAUUCGUCAUUUAUGGAACGUUGAUCAUUUAGCUGAAGCUUUAUAGUGUUUUUAAUUUAAGUCUUUGGAGUUUGUCGUCUUUUUUACUCGACUGAAGUUUUUUGACGUUGAAACCGAAGAUACAAAAAGGAGCAAAGUUACGUUCAUCGAGUAGAUCUUUUUGUCAGAGCGUCAUCAUUAACAUGUAUUCUGCUCAUAAUGUUUGACUCUAUUAUUAGAUUGUUAUAUAAUGUUUUGAAAUGAAGGAUGUUUGUUUUCUAAAUCUGAAUACACUCUUGAAAAACAACAUGAAGUCAUGACGAAGACGGAUUAACAAAAUGACCUGAACAAAUUUUUUUUAAUUUUUUAAUUUUUUUAAUUUUUUUAAUUCAUGAAGAAUCUUCAGUUACAUUUAUUUUCUGUAUUUCUUGUAAUAAAACCAGAAUUUCAACAGAAACUUUUGGUAUUUAUUAUUCUUUUCCAAAUCAUGUUUUACUACAACCUUAAUAAUUCACAUUUAAUUCCUGCCUGAAAACUAUGAUCUUUAUUCAAUUUGAAUUAUAUAUAUAUAAUCAUUUAUUAUUAUUUUAAUGAUAUUCUUCCAAAAUGUUGAACUACGAUGAAAUAUUAUGUAUGCAUAAUAAAUAUUCACUAAUUAGUGGGAGGGUAAAAAGUGGAUGUUUAAUAUUUAAAUAAUUACCCAACAACCCAAAUAAAUAAAUAAUAAAUAAUUAAAAUUCUUAGCAGCAUUUCACUUCAGAAUCAUUUUAACUGCUUUUGACCACCAGGAGGAAA